GAGUGGGAUGAGCAGCAGGCAGCCAUGACGCAACUGUACUACAAGACGGACAACUCGUCCUACCGGGACCGCAUCCCGCUGCGCAUCGUGCGCGCCGAGCCGGAGCUGUCCCCGCUGGAGCGCUACUACCUGAGCGCCGUGGAGAAGGGCGACUACGCCACCGUCAAGCAGGCCCUCGAGGAGGCCGAGAUCUACUUCCGGAUCAACAUCAACUGCGUCGACUCGCUGGGGCGCACGGCGCUGCUGAUCGCCAUUGAGAACGAGAACCUGGAGAUCAUCGAGCUGCUGCUGAGCUAUAAUGUGUACGUGGGAGACGCCCUCCUGCACGCCAUCCGCAAGGAGGUGGUGGGCGCCGUGGAGCUGCUGAUAGACCACAAGAAACCCCGAGGAGAGAAGCAGGUUCCCCCUGCCCUGCUGAACAAGCAGCUGUCGGACUUCAGCCCCGACAUCACCCCGGUCAUCCUGGCCGCCCACACCAACAACUACGAGAUCAUCAAGAUGCUGGUGCAGAGGGGCGUGUCCAUCCCGCAGCCGCACGCCGUGCGCUGCAACUGCCGCGAGUGCAUGGCCAGCUCGGACGUGGACGGCCUGCGCCACUCGCGCUCCCGCCUCAACAUCUACCGCGCGCUGGCCAGCCCGUCGCUCAUCGCCCUGGCCAGCGAGGACCCCUUCCUCACCGCCUUCCAGCUGAGCGCCGAGCUGCACGAGCUCAGCACGGUGGAGAACGAGUUCAAGGCCGAGUACGAGGAGCUGUCCUGCGCGUGCAAGCAGUUCGCCAAGGAGCUCCUGGACCAGACCCGCAGCUCCAGGGAGCUGGAGAUCAUCCUGAACUACCGCGACGACCUCAACCCCCUGCUGGACGAGAACGGCAACGACCUGGCCCGCCUGAAGCUGGCCAUCAAGUACUGCCAGAAGGAGUUUGUAGCCCAGCCCAACUGCCAACAGCUGCUAGCAUCGCGCUGGUACGACGAGCUGCCCGGCUGGCGCCGGCGCCACUGGGCGGUCAAGUCGGCCACCUGCGUCCUGAUCGGCCUCCUCUUCCCGCUCUUCUCCGUCUUGUACAUGCUGGCGCCCAAGAGCCGCUACGGCCUGUUCAUCCGCAAGCCCUUCAUCAAGUUCAUCUGCCACACCGCGUCCUACCUCACCUUCCUCCUCCUCCUCAUCCUCGCCUCGCAGCACAUCGUCUCCAACGACCCCAACCGCCAGGGGCCCCCGCCCACCACCGUGGAGUGGAUGAUCCUGCCCUGGGUGGUCGGUUUCGUCUGGACAGAGAUCAAGCAGAUGUGGGACGGGGGUUUCCACGACUACAUGAACGACUGGUGGAACCUCAUGGACUUCAUCAUGAACGCUCUUUACCUGGCCACUAUCUCCCUGAAGAUCGUCGCAUUCGCUAAGUACAGCGGAUGUACGACCCGGGACAGCUGGGAGAUGUGGCACCCCACCCUGGUGGCCGAGGCCCUCUUCGCCAUCGCCAACAUCUUCAGCUCCCUGCGGCUCAUCUGCCUCUUCACAGCCAACUCCCACCUGGGGCCCCUGCAGAUCUCGCUGGGGCGCAUGCUGCUGGACAUCCUCAAGUUCCUGUUCAUCUACUGCCUGGUGCUGGUGGCCUUCGCCAACGGCCUGAACCAGCUCUACUUCUACUACGAGACCGACGGGGUCAAGAACUGCACGGGCAUCCGCUGCCCCGAUCAAAACAACGCCUUCUCCACGCUGUUUGAGACACUGCAGUCUCUGUUCUGGUCCGUGUUCGGCCUGGUCAACCUGUACGUCACCAACGUCAAGGCCGAUCACGAGUUCACCGAGUUCGUGGGCGCCACCAUGUUCGGGACGUACAACAUCAUCUCCCUGGUGGUGCUGCUCAACAUGCUCAUCGCCAUGAUGAACAACUCCUACCAGAACAUCGCUGACCAUGCAGACAUUGAGUGGAAGUUUGCCAGAACUAAGCUGUGGAUGAGCUAUUUUGAAGAGGGCGGGACGUUGCCCUCUCCCUUCAACAUCAUCCCCAGCCCCAAAUCCGUCUUCUACCUCCUGGAGUGGUCCAAGAAACACAUGAUCAGAAGCAGCCGUCCCAGGCACCGGCAGACCAUCGGGACGUUGGGGAGGCGUGCAGCCGAGAACGUGAGACUAAACCACCAGUAUCAGGAGGUGCUAAGGAACUUGGUGAAGCGGUACGUAGCGGCCAUGAUCAGAGAUGCUAAGACGGAACAGGGGCUAACGGAGGAGAACUUCAAGGAGCUCAAACAGGACAUCUCCAGCUUCCGCUACGAGGUGCUGGGCAUGAUGAAGGGCAAGCGCCACAGCAGCUGCCUCACCCCGGCGGCGCCCGCCUCGGGCCUCGCCGUCUCGGACAACGCCUUCACCUACUGCCCCAACAUGGCGCACGCCGACUCCCACAAGAAGAUGAGCCUGUUCAACGUGGCGGCCUGCGUGCAGCGGCCGGGACGGGAGCACAGCGCCGCCGGCGGGCCGCUCAACGGCGCCGCCCUGCCGCCGCCGCGCAAGGCGAGGAAGGAGGUGGUGCUGUUGGUGGACAAGCACGGCGACCCGACCCCGCACCCCAAACCCGAGCCCCUCGCCCCGGGUGGGGGUGACCGUGGCAUCGGCGGCGGUGCCCGCCCCGGAGGUGGAGCCGGGGGAGCGGAACAGGUGGUGAAGGUGGAGGUGGAGGUCGCGCCAGAAGAGGUGAUGGAGGAGGAGGUGUGGGAGAAUGAGAAUAAUCGCAAGGACAAGUGAAAGCGAGGGAAUGAGCAAAGAGGGUGCAGGAGGACCAGACACGGCACUAGGGUGUGAGGCAGUGUUUCUCCACCUGGGGGUUGACUGAUGAUCAAGAUGGGGUCGCGAGGGUUUGAAGACUUGUUAGAUGAGUCGGUCUAAAUGAAUAGGUUUGAAUGGUCCAGUACGAAAGUUCCUGUUAUAUAUGACCGGACUGCCUGAGGAUUCAUAGUCAGAGGGGAACUACUGCUCGUCACUCUGUGUGGUGAGGUACACAAACGUUCACCGGCACAUUGAUAUGUAGGCAGAUGCAGAUUUGGUUCAAACGAUGAGUGUGGAAGCGGAUAUGAUUACAUUUUUUUAUGAACUUAGCGUUGCAAAGUAUAUUCAACCUGAAAAUGGGGUCCCAGGUCGACAAAAGUUAAGGAAAUACCGAUGCAAACCAUUUGUUUUAAUAUAUUAUCUACUUUUCUCUUUUUGUACAUUCCUUCUUAUCCGCUUUUUUUUUUAUAAUGUUUUGGUAAGAAGGUUUGGGAAAGCAGGUCUUCAUCACCUCUCGCUUGAUUAUUGAAGUGUCCUUGAGCAAGCAGCCUUGACAUGGACAUAGAUCCUUUCAGUCUGGUGGUCGCCUUGCAUGGUUUACAAAGGGUGUUAAUACAACCAUGUCCAACCAUAAUGGCCAUAGCGGCCACAGUGGCUUGAAAAGAGCUAUACAAAUGUAACUUAUUAACUGUUAAUCAGUAAACCAAUCAUUUAAUCACUUAAUUAAUCAACGGUAUUAAAGACGCUGCGUGUAGAAUUUAGUAUCAUCUAGAGGAACAGACUAAGCAGAAAUUUAAGAAGUAUGUUUUAAUGUGUGUUUAUCCCAUGAGAAUAAUAAUUGUGCUUUCAUGAACUUAAGCUCUUUAUAUCUACAUUCAGAGCUAUUCUACUAAGGGCACUGUGAAUGAACAGGAGCCCAGAACAGACAAACGGCUCUAGAAAAACAUUGCUAAGAGCUAUAGGAAGAAAGCCAAAAGACUAUGACCCAUUUGUUAUUUCGUUACCCUUGUUGUGUCGGAGGGGAGCGUUGUUGCGAGUGAUGUUGUGUACGAGAUGUGUUGGGGACCACGUGUAGGGGAAGCUUUCGCCUCGCGGGCGCAGACAUCCGACUCAACCGUCGAACAGACGGUUCGCCACACAUCCGUAAACAACGUGGUGUUAUAUAUAUAAGUGCAAUAAGAGGACUGUGUGUUGGGAGACCUAAAUAGCCUAUUAAGAUUCUAUCUAUGCGAUGUCGUUCAACAUGUGCAGUGACCAAUGGUAACUAUGAAAAUACUCCUGGUUGCAAUUGGUUCAAUUCAUUUAUUCCCAGAAUCGAGCCGUCAAAAAUCAACGCUUUUUUUGCUAACCUGAAAUAUAUUUUGGCACCUUACACAGUAAAGGCCAAUACAGGCCAUCCUAGAUGCUGGUAAGGGAGGGCUUGGGGGGGGGGGGGGGGGGGGGGGGGGGUAUUCAGUUGGUUGCAAUCUGCACCCUCACCGCUAGUUGCAACUUAAGUCUAAACACUGGCCCUUUUAAAUCACCGAUGUCAAUCAGGUAUAAGGGACAAGGCUAUGCUAACUAAAUUCAAUGUUAUGAGGACACUGGAGCCUUUGUGUUUAACCUCUUAGUUUAGCUUAAUCUAGUGUAUUAGCUGAUUUUAUUUCAGUUUAGUUUAGCUUCCUAAAACAAAUUUGCCAAGUACAGAUAGACUAUCGAUGUAUGUGUGUGUUUUAUUUAUUUGAAACAGCACGAUUCUUAAAUAUAAUGUAGAGCUGAUAUUCUCUGAUGUUUAUUCCAUAUGUAUAGCAUGUUGAUAGUAUGCCUGAUAAUUCUGUAUUUUCAAGAAUGCACACUUUAGUAAUUAAGUAGAUGAUAUCAUCAUAUUGUCUCUGUAUGCUAUGUAAUGGUCGAUAUUUAUUCAUUAGACUCAAACCAAACUGUAUGUGAAUCAAAGUUAUUGUUUCUUUACUAUUGCACAUUGUCAAUUUAAUAUUAUGUUGAAGGCUAAUGUUAGCCACACGCUAUAGCAUGAGCGGACAGAACUUAAAUAUCAAUAUAUUAAUCAUUUUGCCUUUUGUGCCGCCGAUAUAGAUGUCGGCUUUAUAGAGAGAUGUGGAUAGAUUUAGACUGUGUGUGUGUGUGUGUGUGUGUGUGUGUGUGUGUGUGUGUGUGUGUGUGUGUGUGUGUGUGUGUGUGUGUGUGUGUGUGUGUGUGUGUGUGUGUGUGUGUGUGUGUGUCCAUGUGCUUGUAUUUAAGUGAGCGUGUGCACAUGCAUCUGUUUUUUUAUAUGCAUAUUUUGUUACAAGGGUGUUUUGUGUGUGUGUGUGUGUGUGUGUGUGUGUGUGUGUGUGUGUGUGUGUGUGUGUGUGUGUGUGUGUGUGUGUGUGUGUGUGUGUGUGUGUGUGUGUGUGUGUGUGUGUGUGUGUGUGUGUGAUGAAUGUGUUCUUGAAGGGAGCUCAAUCUUGGUAAACACUAACCAGAUUAGGUAGCAGAGCUCCUGUGAGGUCAUGCGGAGGUCCUCCUCUCAGAAUGUCAAGUGGAGAUUGGCUUCACCAGUAACAGUCGGUUAAUCCGAGACAUUUCAGCUGAACUUAGAAGGGUCUUGAAUAGAGAUGUUUCAAAAGUCUCUAGUUUAAAGUAGGAUAGGAGUUCUACUGACAAGUUUCAGGCUUCAUGAAAACGUACACAGGGAGUUAACGGCUUUUAUUGAUUUUCUUUUGCAAUGUCAUUUGAAGUUGUAUUCAAAAGUUAAAUUAAUCCGUACAUAAUCAAUCAAAAAUGUGCAUGUGUUGUAGACACAGACCAACUCAUCUUCAUAAUACUGCGGAGCAUCGUAACAAACUAUAACUUGAACAUAACUGGCAGGAAUCAUUGACAAUACUGGCAGGCUUACAUAUUGGGGAUGAAGAUCGCUUAUUGCGAAACAGUUUUAUCAUUUCUCUGCGAGACGUGUCCCUACUUAAACCCUGCAUUCUUCAGCAACAGCUGGGACACAAGUGGGAUAGGAAACACUUGCUAUGCGUCUGUGUGCGUCUGCAUGCCUGCCUCAGCCACUCUGCGUGUCCGUCUAUGUGUGUGAGUGUCAAUAUGUGUGAGUGUCUAUGUGCGUGCUUACGUGUGUAUGUAUGUGUGUGUGUGCCUGCAUGUGCACGAGUGAGAACCUUGUGUCUUGUGCAUUGAUUUACAAAAAUGCAAUUUACUGAAAACAUCGACGAGUAUUAAUCAAAUGCCGAUGGUUCAGGGCUAGGUAUGUUUGAUGGUCACGGUGUGUUCCAUGCUGUUGUCGUUGAAUUGACCAAUGAAGAUGAUGGCUUCUGUUGUUCCAUUGUUUGAGACUGGCCAAGUAGACGGCCCAGCAGCCUAACCCCAUCCUGGCUUUUAUCUGAAACAUAUGGCGACCCUAUGCAAGACGAUUGGAAAUUCUCUUUUUUUUUUUUUUGUUGCAACUGUCCAAUUUAUUUGCUAUAUGUUCCGUAUAUGUGUCUUUUUUUUUUAACAGACUAUACAGACCAGAGAAAUGAUCCUUGAUGUGAACAGCUGGAGUUUAAACAGCUGAAAAUGGAAAUUGCAGAACCUUGAAACACAAUCAGGUGCAAUCAGUCACAGAUAUUGAAGGAAGUCUCAAAGUCCAGGGACAUGCAAUCAAUCAAGAGAGGAUACGGUUAACUGAAUAACACAGGUUAAGUUUAAAAAUUUUAGUUAAGUAUAGGCUAUAAUUUUAGUUAAGUGAAACAAAAGAUGGACUGUAUGGCCAUCUAUGUUAGAAUAUUGUACAAUUAAUAAUAUAUGUUAAAAUAAGUGACUAACUUGCCAGUGCAUGCUAAUGGUUGUGGUAUGGCUUGUUGGUAUUCUGAAACAGACGUUAUUAUAACUAAGAUAAUAGCCGUUUCAGCAAUUGAAAUGAUUUUUAGGUACAAAUAGCAAACGUCUCAGCCUUAAUGCAGAACAAUCCAUCAGAGAUUAAUCCUAAAAGAGUCGUGGGACAUACAGCACCAGGAGCGUUGCACAGAGUGCGGCAGUCUAAGAAUGACAGGGUAGCUAGUACGAAACCCUGUGGGACACCACAACUAAUUGACCUCCAGAACAUGAUGAACUCUAAAACAUUGAAUACUUGAAUACAUUUUUCCUUUUGAACUAGAACCACAUUCUAAAAGGUGUAGUGCAUAUUGACAGAGAAACACAUGGAUAUUGAGAGAGGUUAAAAUGAUUGAGUAUGUGUGUGACUUUCGGUAUGUUUUUAAUAAAGUGUUCCCAACACCA